GUCUGCUAAAUCUGCACUAUUCCCGUCGUGUAUACGUACAAGAACCUUCUUGAUUGAUUGCUAGGCAUUCGUCGCUGUCCAUUAUUAGCUAACAGCCACCCGUUAUACUAUCAGAAUGCGUAGCUAACAGCCACCCUUUAUACUAUCAGAAUGCGUGUGUCCACUUCUAGACAUCAGCUAUGUAUAUGCAUGUAUACAGUCAUGGUCAUCUGUCCGCCUUGUGCGCGCAGUAUCCAGAUAAAAUGGAAGGCAACGACAAAAACGAGAAGAAGACGCAAGAGUGCAGAGAAUUUCUCAUGGCAAUGACACUCGGAGCCGCACUCUCGUGCGUCGUCCUGUCUAUCAUCAUUUUCUUCACCAAGGGAGUCUCAAAUAUCGACCUCCUAGCCACCAUCUCUACCACAUGCACGACCGCACUAGUCGACCAGACGACAGUCGCCGAAUGCAGCUACGAUUGCGGCAACUACGCAGACAGCCAGUGCAUGUUGACAUACGACUGCUGGCACGUCUACGCGAUCGUCGAGGACAAGCCAAAGUCGACGGUUCCGUCGCAGCUUUUUUGGAACUUCGAUUCACGCGAAACCAACUGCUCGAAUUAUCGUCGAUGCAACGGUCGUGGCGUCUCGAUAAAGUAUGAGGAAAUAGGCGACGAGUAUUCGUGUUACUACGAUUCGUCUCGACCGAAUGCUGUCUAUCUGCAUCCUCCGAGAAGCCCAUUACCGUACUUGAUCGGAUCUUGUCUGACCGCAAUUGCCGCCGCCGAUGUGAUUCGAGACUGUCUCGUAGGCACAGUGCUGAGCCUCUUGAAUACAAAGAGACGACCGUCUAGAGUCUAGCUAGAGUAAUGUAUGGACUCAUUAUGUUGCUGAUGUUGCAUCACCCUUAAAUAGAUCGUAAGUCAGUAGCUAUAGACUCUAGACAGCUUUUUGACUUUUUGUCUAGUUUUGUUGCCUGUCUGUAGUCUCACUGCUGAGCGUAGCGAGGCUUCUAAUCCGGGUCGCACAACAGAAAUGGGCGUGGUCCCAUAUGGAUCUCCAUCGAGCUUUUGGUAUGUAUACAUACGUGUGUGUGUGUGUGUGUGUGUGUGUGUGUGUGUGUGUGUGUGUGUGUGUGCGUGCGUGUGUGUGUGUGUGUGUACACACAAAUCUCAAAUUUCUCGUCCCCAUGACCACGUUUCAUGAUAGGACCUACCAUACAAAUCGUUUCCGUGUCCGACUACAGAUGAGUCUAGGAACGAUUCGUCUAAGUGACCGAAUGGCGGCGAAAAUGCUUCGUAACUUUCGUCGCCCCAUCCUUUGUAUUGUAGCUAGGGACUGUGUGUACUUGACAACCAAGAAACACCUUCAGGAGUUGAAUGCCACCUACAUUCAACUGUUCACACGUCCCAUACUACAAUCAAUCCUUAACUACACUGUGCUGCAUCUAACACUGUUACGAUAUCAAUUUCUAUGUCAAUAGCUAAAUACCA